CAUAAAUACAGACGCUGAUAAAUUCCUCCAAAAAAAUUGAGCCUUUUGCGAGCCUCGAAUCGAACAGGGCCGUCGUAUCUCACCAUUUUUUUUGAGGGAUUUUGGCGUCACAGCAUUUUUAGGCGAGAUCCCCUCGCCCAAUUAUGGGUUAAUUCUUGCUGAAGUGAAGCAAGUUGCGGACAAUUAACACUUUGCACAUGCUUCAAGAUUCGAAGAAAGACUUAAGGAUUCCUGAAAUCUGAUCCGCUGAUUAUCCUAUUUGAAAUUUUGAACAAUUUCUAACAUUGAGCAGCUAUAACAGAUUCGCAGAGAGCAGCAUGGCUGAACCACUAAUGAAAGCUUGUAGAAAAGCAUCAAAGACGUAUGAAUUCAAGAGAGCAUCUUCAAGUCCCAAGGAUCAAAUUCAGCAAUCUAAAAGGCAAAGGAAGGGGGAAAACCCUGUUCGAAUUCCACCGAGUCCUGACCACUGUGCUGAUUUCAAAUCUUCUAAUUCGUGGACCUGCAAAAAUUCUGCAUGUCGAGCCACUCUUUCCAUAGAUGACACAUUUUGUAGGAGGUGCUCUUGUUGCAUUUGCCAUUUAUUUGAUGAUAACAAGGACCCGAGUCUUUGGUUGGAAUGUGUAUCUGAUUUAGGUCUAGGAGACUCAUGUGGUUUGUCGUGCCACAUUGAAUGUGCCCUCCAACGUGGUAAGGUUGGGGUUGUUGACCUGGGGCCAUUGAUGCAGUUGGAUGGAAGUUAUUGUUGUGCUUCGUGUGGCAAAGUUUCGGGGAUACUUGGAUGCUGGAAAAAGCAGCUGAGUAUAGCUAAGGAUGCUCGUCGUGUUGAUAUCCUAUGCUAUCGGAUAUUUUUAAGUUUCAGGCUCCUGGAUGGGACUUCUAGAUUCAAUGAACUCCAUGAUAUUGUUAGAGAUGCCAAAUCCAAGAUAGAAACAGAGGUUGGCCCAGUCAAUGGAGUUUCAGCAAAAAUGGCUAGGGGCAUUGUAAGUAGACUCUCUGUAGCUGCUGAGGUGCAGAGGCUCUGCUCUCUUGCUGUUGAAAAAGCUGACAAACUGAUGGCCUCAAAGUCUACUGCAGCCAUCAAUUUUGUUGAGGGUUCACUUCCUGCAGCUUGCAAAUUCCUGUUUGAGGAAGUGACAUGUUCCUCAGUUAUACUUUUGUUGAUUGAACUAUCAACUGCAUCCAACAAAGAUAUUAAGGGCUACAAACUCUGGUAUUGCAAGAAAAGAGAAGAGGUUUACUCUAAAGAGCCUGCUUUUGUCUUUCCAAGAGACCAGAGGAGGAUCUGGAUAUCCAAUCUGCAGCCUUGCACAGAGUAUUCAUUCAGGAUCAUAUCUUAUACAGAUGCUGGUGACUUUGGGCACUCUGAAACGAAGUGCUUUACGAAGAGUGUAGAACUUAUUCACAAGAACCAAUAUUCUAGUGCUGAAAGACCUGAAGUGGAUGCUUCCUCACAUGGAGAGAGUUCUAGUGCGAAGCAAAAUCACAGGACUGAAGAAAUAGAACUAGACUUAGGAUUCAAGGUUCGAGAUCUUGGAAGAAUAUUGAAGCUUGCUUGGCUGCAGCAUCAAGGCUAUUUGGAGUCAUUUUAUGGUUUACAUGUGAAUAGAUGUGUUAAUGAUCGUGACAUAGUUAAUGUAGAAACUCCGCAAGACAGGCAACCUUCUGUUGCACGUCAACUUGACUUGAAUGUUGCUUCUGUGCCUGAUCUGAACGAGGAGUUCACACCUCCUCUUGAGUCAUCUAGAGAAGAAGAAAACGGGUGCACACUGGGUCAAGCAGUUGAGGCAGAUGAUGCUAUUUCUCACGGCAUACAUAGAAAAUGUGGAGAAGUACCCGCUGAUUCCAAGUUGGUUGGUUGCCAGAACAGGCGACAUAGUGGCAAUAGAGAGGCCCAGGAUUCUGAUAGUACUCUAACGAAUGGGUCCCCGUUCCAAGUUCAGAACGAUCUAUGCUUGGAUGAGAACUUUGAAUACUGUGUAAAGAUCAUCCGCUGGCUGGAGUGCGAGGGCCAUAUUAAGAAGGAUUUUAGAUUGAAGUUGCUGACGUGGUUCAGUCUACGAUCCACGGAGCAGGAACGCAGAGUGUUAAACACCUUUAUACAGACUUUGAUUGACGAUCCGAGUAGUUUGGCAGGACAGUUGGUUGACUCAUUUUCAGAUAUAUCCAGCAAGAGGCCACAAAUUGGAUCCUGUAGCGUUUCUUGCUGAGUCAACACGGCGCAAUUGUUCGUUCGUUAGAGCGACGGUCUAUUAAGCUAGCAGAUAAGAACACCAUCCCUGAUUCCUUCACUGACUGCCUAUUGUUUGAGGAAGAAUCUCACGCAUUGUGGGAUGAUUUUUUCAGUAGCUAAGCCUUCUAUUGACUAGCGAAUGUAGAUUCCAUUAAUUAUAGGCAUGAUUUUUGUUGUAGACAUAUGCUUAUUUUUCAGGGUGUUCUAAAUUCUAUUUAAAUCUAGGAUCAUCUAAUGGGACUUCAAUUUUCUCUCUUUAUUUAAUUUUAUAAUUGAAGGGCUUGCGACCUGGCCUAUUAUUUAUGCA